AUGACUUCACAAUCUGGCGGAAUGAUGGACAUCACAACUUCAGGACUACAAGCUACAUCAAGAAGGCGUCAAAUACCAAAGGUUCCAUUAUUCAUGAGAAUUGACAAUCAAAAAAGUGAUGACUAUGAUCCUAAAGUAGUUUCAUUGGGACCUUACCACCAUGGAAAACCAGAACUCAAUUUUGUUGAAGAUUUCAAGCCCAAGGCUCUACAAAUGUUCAUUGAUGGAAGUAACAAAAACCAAGAUUUCUUCCUUGAAAAAAUUCUAGGGGAGAUUGAUGAUUUUAGAAAUUGUUACCUCGAAGAAUUCGCUAAUAAGUAUGAUGACUAUGAAUUUGCCCAAAUGAUGCUCCUCGACUCGUGUUUCAUACUAAAUGAUAUCGAAAUAUCAACAAAUCCCGCCUCUAAAAAAAAAACCAUCAAGCAUCUUGGCAUUGCAGUUUAUUUGAUGACUAGACGUGACCUAUAUUUGCUCGAAAAUCAGGUACCUUUUCCCAUUCUCAAGCUCUUGGUUGAGUUGAAAAACGGCGGUGACCAAGGUAGUGGUUAUCAUGAAUUUGAAGAGAAGUUGAAAAGGUAUUGUUCUCAAAUGUUCUUCGAUAACCAAGCGGACAACAUGCUAGCAAAAAUGAUGGAGAAAGAACCCCAUCACCUUCUUGAUGUUUUUCGAAGGGUAAUUGUCAGUGAUGAAGCUAAUGUCAGACAAUCGCGUUGUUGUGAUCUUUGGAGAAAAAAUCAUCAUUUACUACCCAAAUCGGCAUUGCUCACAAAUGUGUUCCGCUCAGUCAUGGAUUUGAAAUCAAAAGGGAUUCACUUUAGGCCUAGUGGAAUCGAUUCUUUAAAAGGUGUGAGAUUUACAUCUCACUAUUACUAUGCAAAUCUCAAACUCCCAUGUUGGUAUGUUUCAACAUACACUAAAGUAUUUUUCAUGAACAUGAUAGCUUAUGAAAUGUGCCCAAAUGGUCCUACUCAUUUAACUGUUGUGUCAUACAUAAAUUUCAUGAAAUCUCUUGUGAUUUCACCAAAUGAUGUGAAAGAAUUGAGACAAGAGAAGAUUAUAUUCAACACAUUAGGAAGUGAUGAAGAAGUGGUACAAGUUUACAAAGGGUUAAAAACUUAUGGGGCAGAAGAUCAAUCAAUCUUCAAGAAUGUGAAUUGGAAUAUUCAAGAACAUUAUAAUAGCAAAGGGAAGACUUGGAUUGCUGAAUUAAUUGAUAAAUAUUUUAAUAGCCCAUGGUCUCUAAUUGCUUUGGUUGUUACUGCCUUUGUUACUUUUUUGAUUGUUGUCCAAAUUUACUACGGAAGCCCAUUUUAUCAUUCUCUUCAUCUUGAAUAA